AUGCCCGCUGGGGGAGAGGAGGACGAGCCGUCUUGGGGUCCCCAUCGCCUGGCGCUGCUCGUCCCCUUCCGAGAGCGCUUCGAGGAGCUGCUGACCUUCGUGCCCUACAUGCACCGCUUCCUGAGCAAGAAGAGGAUCCGCCAUCACAUCUUCAUCCUCAACCAGGUGGAUCAUUUCAGGUUUAACAGGGCAUCCUUGAUCAAUGUGGGCUUCCUGGAGAGUGGCAACAACACCGACUACAUCGCGAUGCACGAUGUGGAUCUCCUGCCCCUCAAUGAGCAGCUGGACUACAGCUUCCCGGAGGGAGGGCCUUUCCACGUGGCAUCCCCAGAGCUGCACCCGCUCUACCACUAUAAGACGUAUGUGGGCGGCAUCCUGCUGCUCACCAAGCAGCACUAUGAGAUGUGCAACGGCAUGUCCAACCGCUUCUGGGGCUGGGGACGGGAGGAUGACGAGUUUUAUCGACGUAUCAAAGGAGCUGGUCUCCAGGUUCGCCGUCCCUCUGGAAUCACGACUGGAUAUGAGACUUUCCAGCACUUGCAUGACCCGGCCUGGAGGAAGAGAGACCAGAAGCGCAUUGCUGCACAGAAGCAGGAACAGUUUAAAGUGGAUCGUGAGGGAGGUCUGAACAACGUGAGGUACCAAAUUGAGUCACGGACAGCUCUGAAUGUGGCAGGAGCCCCUUGCACCGUCCUUAAUAUCUUGCUGGACUGUGACACAAGCGAGACGCCUUGGUGCACGUUUGGCUGAGCCCAUCUCCCGUGUGCCGGUGAUGUGCGCUGCGCUUGUGCCAAGACGCCGGUGCUGCUGCUGAGCUGCUUUGAGCAGGCAGGAUUUUUGCAGCAGACGAGCGUGGCAGUGCUGGCGAGACACAGAGGAACAGAAAGGGCUGUGAAGCAGGCUUUGCUGGGACCAACAGAAGAGGCUGAGAGCGGGACU